AUGGAGCCUUUCAAGUCGUCUCCAUCUUCGUCAUCUUCUGUACCAACUGGAAGAUGGACACAUGAAGUGUUCCUAAGCUUUAGAGGCGAAGACACGCGCAAUAAUUUUGUAGAUCAUCUUUAUACUGCUCUAAGUCAAAGAGGAAUAUCUGUGUUUAAAGAUGAUCAGGCGCUCGAUAAAGGGAAACCGAUCUCCAGGGAGCUGCUGAAAGCCAUUGAAGAAUCGAGGUUUGCUGUGGUUGUUUUCUCUAAAAACUAUGCGGACUCUUCAUGGUGUUUGGAUGAGCUUGUCAAAAUCAUGGAAUGCCGAGAUCAGAUGAAACAGAUGGUUUUACCGGUGUUCUAUCACGUAGAUCCAUCCGAUGUGCGUGGACAGAAAAAUGACUUCGAUAGCGCCUUUCAGGAACACGAGGACAAGUUUAAGGGAGAGAUGGAGAAAGUGAAAAACUGGAGGAAAGCUUUAGCUGCAGCUGCCGGUUUGUCUGGCUGGCAUAUCAAGGAAACAGGGAAUGGGGGCGAAUCUGCCAUCCUCAGGGACAUUGUUGCAAAGAUAUCAAAGAGCAUACAACCUCGUGAUUUGCAGAAACAUCUAUUUGGUAUCGAGUCUCGGAUAGAUGAAUUAUACCCAUUAUUGGAUAUGGAAGCAACAGAAAAGGUCCACAUGGUUGGGAUAUUAGGAAUGGGGGGAAUUGGUAAGACAACUAUUGCUCAAGCUUUAUUCCGAAGAAUUCAACAUAAUUUUGAGGGUUAUAGCUUUGUUAAAGAUGUUAGAGAAAAUAGUUAUAGUAAAAAAGAUGUAUGUGCCUUGCAACAAAAAAUUCUAAGAGAAAUUUUAAAGCAAAUGGAUCCUGCUGGUAAUGUGAGUGUCUCUUAUCCAACUGUUGAUCCUGAAUACGGAGCCAACAUGAUACGUGAACGAUUUUGCCAUAAAAAGGUUCUUCUAGUUCUUGAUGACGUGGAUAAUAGUGAGCAGUUAGAGUUCCUAGCCAGAACACAUGAGUGGUUUGGUCCUGGAAGUAGAAUCAUUAUAACGACUAGAGACGAGCAUUUGCUAUCAGAUGCAAAUGUCAUCUACAGGCCUGAUUUUUUAAGUAUGAAUGAAGCUGCUGAGCUCUUCUGUUGGCAUGCUUUUCGGAAAAGUAGCCCUCCUGAAGCAUAUGAGGAGCUCUCAGAUCGUGCAAUACGCUAUGCUAGCAGCCUUCCUCUAGCCCUAAAAGUUUUAGGCUCAUUCUUCCAUGGAAGGCAACUAAGUGUGUGGGAAAGUGCUUUAAAUAGACUACGCAAAGGAUCAAUUGAUAAGAUUCAUGAGACACUGAAGUUGAGUUUUGAUGGACUGGAUGCUUCUGAGAAACAUAUAUUCCUAGACAUUGCAUGUUUCUACAAGGACCAAUAUGAAGAAUAUGUAACUAGAGUACUCGAUAGCUUUGGUUUUGACCCGGUGAUAGGGAUUAGUGUUCUUAUUGAAAAAUCUCUUAUAACCGUUUCAAACAAAAGGCUACAUAUGCAUGAUCUCAUACAGGAAAUGGGUUGGCAAAUAGUUUAUGAGAGUUUCCCGGAUAGCAGGGUAUGGAAACCUGAACAUAUUCGUAAAAUCGUCAAGGAAAAGAAGAAGCUAAAAGCAAUAGAAGCCAUGAUGAUGGUGGACAAUGCAUGCCAUGUUGAUGCCUAUGUUUUUGAAAGCAUGCAAAAUCUUCGGUUGCUUGAUAUUGAUGGGAAAUUCACUUCUACCCAACCUAGAUUUCUCCCUGAUGAGUUGCAAUGGCUUUGUUGGACCAAGUACCCAUUCUGGACUCUGCCUUUAACAGAUAUGUGUAAGCUUGUUGGGCUUGAAAUAGCCGGUGGAGGCAUGAAACAACUAUGGAAGGGACGAAAGAUUCUACCAAACUUGAAAUCUAUCCACCUCGAAGGCAUGGACAAGCUCACAUCAUUUCCAGAUGUCUCCGAGUCUCCAAAUAUCGAGAGGCUAAUUUUGUCAGGUUGUAGGAGUUUAGUGGAGGUUCAUGAGUCUCUUGGAUCUCAUAGACGGCUGGUCUACCUGGACAUGAAUGGUUGCAAAGGGCUCAAGCGUCUCCCAUCCGGUCUUGAAAUGGAAUCCUUGGAGAAUCUAAUUCUCAUUGGAUGCAAGAGGCUUGAAAGAUUCCCAGAAGUCUCCCCAUGGUGUUCGAAUCUUGAGAACAUACCAAACUCUAUUUGUGAGUUAAGGUGUCUUAAAUUCAUUUCUCUUCACAACUGCAUGAACCUGAAAAGUUUUCCAAAUGAGCUUGGAAGCAUGAGAAUGUUAGAAGAGCUGUGGCUAGGAUUUAUGUGUGAUAUUGUUAAAUGGCCACAUAUGUUUGUUGGCUUUCGUAGUUUGACAAGUUUGUCUUCUUUGAAAAACCUAAAUCUAAGUUGGAGACAAAUUGAAGAGGAAAGUUUCCCCCAAAAUCUUGAUGAAUUAUCCUCCCUGGAAGAAUUAUGUUUAAGUGGCAACCAUAAAUUAGUCGAGUUACCUGCAAGCAUCUGCCAUCUUUCUCGUCUUAGACGCCUAGAGGUGAAUGGGUGCUCCCGACUUCAAAGACUGUGUGGGCUCCCAUCAAGCAUACAAGUAUUGAAGGCAAAUGAUUGUAUCUCACUGGAAAAGAUCGGAGAUCUAUCAAAAGAGGGUGACUGCUUGUAUAAGAUAUGGCUGGGUCAUAACCAGAAACUCUUAGAGGAUGAAGAGAAUCAAAGAUACCUUGAUAAGAUGCUGCAACUAUCUUUCAUUAAGAAAUGCGCUGCUGUAAAUCAUCGAUUAACUAUUACUAUCCCUGGAAGUAUGAUUCCAAGCUGGUUCGAAAAACAAAUGGACGGGUGCAGAAUAGGACUGGAGUUGCCUCAAAAAUGGCAUACUGAGAUCAUGGGUUUCGUGGUAUGUGGCGUGUUUACUUACCAGUGGUGGAGAUAUAGGCAUCCGCGCAUCAUCUUCAGAAUUACAAAGGAUGGAGCUGCCAUUCCUAAGCCGGAGGUUAAUGCAACUGAAACAGCCGAGAAUACAAAUGUGUGGAUUAGCUAUAUCCCGUUGGAUUUCUUUCAGCAGAUGUACCAUGAUAUUCAACCUGAAGACUGGUCUCAUAUUCAAGUGCAUGUUGAUGAUAUGCAUCUUCGAUAUGAUGAAAUUAUAUCUGGCAACACUCGCGUUUAUGAAGAAAAGUUUGAUAUGAAGAGCUUGAUGCCUUUAAGAAGUAGAACCUCAGCAAGGCGCAACACGGAGCACAUAUUUUGUUUCAAACCGUCUUACUUUGAUGUUGGUAUCUUGUCCUUUUAUUCCAAGGCCAAGGAUUUUUUGCUGUCCACUAUUCGAAGAAAAUGAUACAAAUAACAAUUACAGUCGACAAAAGUAACAACUGUGAUUCCUUGAGGCUGAAAGCAAACUUGAAGAUAACUAUCCGUAUAUUUAAGUUGUUCUGUCCAAAAUCCAGCGAGUACACUACAAGACUGUCUUACAUAGGUCGAGGAGGCUGUAAGAAAACCCCAAAAGUAUACUUAAGAAUUUAUACUAUAUGCAUUUCAAAGUACUAUAUUCCUGGAAUUUUCAGUUGCUUGUUUUAUAUAUAAAACUAAAGACGCUUGUUCUGGGAAUCCCAAUUUCUUUCUUUUUUAUGUUUAAGAGAAUCUGUGUAUUGAAGAUGAUAUGUGCUUUGUUUGAAAGAAGCUAUGUAAUAAUGAAUAUCGUAUAUGUGCUUUGCUUGAAUGAAAUUAUGGAGUUUCC